GCAGGAAUACCUUUUGUUUUAACAGUCUUCUUUUGGUUUUCUCAGCCUUUUUGUGCCUGACCUGCCACCCCAGAAAAGGGAACAACAGAAGAGGAUAAGAAAGAGAGUAAAAAAUACAAACAAAUAGACAGCGAUAGAUCAGCCUGAGAGAGACGGAUGUGUACGGAAGAUGAGUCCGGCUUUAGAAGCGCUGAUGGAGGGGUGUAGAUACCCAGGGAAAGGAGAGAUGAAGGGAGGAGUGAUGUUAGAACCAUUUGUCCAUCAAGUCGGCGGUCACUCUUGUGUGCUGCGCUUUGGGGAACAGACCAUCUGUAAACCACUAAUACCCAGAGAACACCAGUUUUACAAGAGCCUGCCACCCGAGAUCCGCAAAUUCACACCACAGUACAAAGGUGUGGUGUCAGUGAGUUUUGAGGAAGAUGAAGAGGGGAAUCUGUGUUUGAUAGCCUACCCGCUUCACAGCGAUCCAGUUGAUCUGGAGAACAAGGAGCCUUCAGCUGACGGAGAGCCCAAGAAUAAGCUUGUGAAGUGGGGGAAGAAGAAGCCAUCAGGCCUGCUUCCAGACAACGAGAGAGCCAGACAGAGCCGCAAAGAAGAGAAGGGCAAAAGUAAUCGGGAUGAUAAGGCCGAGGUUUUAUACUACAGUCUGGAGAAGGGAAAUGUGGUCCCUCAGAUCAAACACAACCCUUGGAGUCAGCAGUGUCACCAGCAGCACCUGCAGAGAAUGAAGGAGAACUCCAAACACAGAAACCAGCACAAAUUCAUUCUGCUGGAGAACCUGACGUGGCGGUACCGGGUUCCAUGUGUCCUUGAUCUAAAGAUGGGAACACGUCAGCACGGGGACGAUGCAUCUGAGGAGAAGAAAGCCAAUCAGAUUCGCAAAUGCCAACAAAGCACUUCAUCUUCUAUUGGAGUACGCCUCUGUGGCAUGCAGAUGUUCCACAAUGCUACAGGGCAGCUAAUAUUCAUGAACAAGUAUCACGGGCGUAAGCUGAGCCUGGCGGGCUUUAAAGAGGCUCUGUGCCAGUUCUUCAGCGACGGGCGCGUGCUGCGGCGGGAGCUCCUGACGCCCGUCCUGCAGAGACUGCGAGAGAUGAGGGCCGUGCUGGAGGCCUGCGAGAGCUACCGCUUCUUCUCCUCCUCUCUUCUUAUCAUCUACGAUGGCGCUCCACCUGCAGCACCGCCCAGACCACGACCCUCUCGUGGCGGAGAGGAGGAGGAUGAUGAAGAUGAGGAUGAAGAUGAUGAUGACGAUGAAGGAGCAGCCUACGCAGGACGACACGAUCUCUCUAGCAGCGCUUCACCUGCGGUGGACGUCCGCAUGAUCGAUUUCGCCCACACCACAUGCCGUGAUUACGGAGAGGACGGCAUCGUUCACGAGGGUGGAGACAGCGGCUACAUCUUCGGCCUGCAGAAUCUGAUCAGCAUUCUGUCUCAGCUUGAGGAGCACAGCAACGAUUAAAGCGCUUGUCUGAUUUUUACAAUUGUGCAUUUGCCAUGCCAGGCUCACCGUGGGCUCCCUGAGCACCAGGGGCUGAUGCUCACGCUUUGCUCGUCCCGCUCUGCUUUUUCCGAAGCCCAAGUGGGGGAGCUCUUGCGUAGAUGAGGGGCAAAUUCCCUCAGGAGCCGAAGAGACUGGACUGUUUUGUGCGGAGCGCAGUUCCUCUCUUUCUGAACCGCAGAUGGCCGGCGGUCCCUGUAGAUGAGUUUCAUCUUCAUUUAUUCUCCAUCUACGAGAGGUUUGUAAGGGAAAUACGCCGAUGUUUGCAUUUCAAAGAGACGUUUAUAAUAAGACACUGACGUUCUACACACCUUUUGAGAAGAGGUGGCUUUGUAGCAACGGUAGCACAAUUAUUAACUGAUGUGACACGCAACUAAACAUGAAGGUGCUCUACAAACACUACACACGACCUGCAGGACUCAAGGGAAGACUCUGUUCUUGUAGGGAACGAUGAUCGGUGUGUGGAAAAGGGAGUUUUGUAUGAUCCUUUCCACAUUCCUUAUGGUAAAAGACUUUCUUGUGGACUAUUUAAUAUAUUUCGCUGUCGUGGAUCCUCUUCAUUCCAUAGCCACGUGUUGAAGAUUAGCAUCCUCACUCCAGAGACUUUAAAGAGACUUUAUUUAUUUAUGAGAAUAUUUCUAUUAAAUGUGAAUGGAAAUGUGACAUUCCAUCCCUUAGUUCUACCGUAUGAUGUAAGUGUUAUAGGUAGAAUUUUUGUUUUGUAAUGGUUUUCUCCGUUUUUGACAUUAUGACACAAAAUAAAGAGAAAUCUGUUUUGUUGUGGUA